CGGCACUAGUGAGCAGUAGUAGCCUUCGGUCCAGCUUUCGUUUCGCAUAGCCUCGCCGGCUCUGACGAGUCACGAUCUCUGACAAGACACAACAAUUACCCAUAUCAACAACAAAUAUUCCAUCUAUACCCGCAAAAGGAGAUUCUCGACAUAAAUUAUAAAGCUGUACUUUGUUGAUGUUACUGAUGCUGGCUGGUGAAGAAAGUUUCUCCAUGCUGCUGCUAUGAUAUGCACUGUAUCGCUACAGCUGAAAGCCAUUCGACCGUGGAGAUGGAGGAGGGGUACUGGUUAAGCUUAAGCUUGGGCUUCAUAGCCCUAUCCACCACCAUACUAGCCUUCUGGUUUCUGAAUCCCUCCUUCGUCUCCGGCGGCAAUCGCAAGCCCAAGAAGCAGCAGCUGCCUCCUGGGCCAUGGGCGCUCCCGAUCAUCGGCAGCCUCCACCACCUGUUCCUCAGCCGGCUCCCUCACCACCGCACGAUGAUGCAGCUGUCCCGCCGGCACGGCCCGCUGAUGCUCCUCCGGCUAGGCGAGGUCCCCACGGUGGUCGUCUCCGGCGCCGAGGCGGCCGAGCUCGUGAUGAAGGCCCACGACCCGGCGUUCGCGAGCCGGCCGCGCGGCGCCACGCAGGACAUCUUCGGCGGCGGCAGAGACAUUACCUUCGCGCCCUACGGCGCCGCCUGGCGCCAGAUGCGCAAGAUCUGCGUCGUCGAGCUCCUAAGCGCCAGGCAGGUCAGGCGCAUGGAGCACAUCAGGGCCGACGAGGCUGGCAGCAUCGUUCGCUCCAUAGCCGUCGCCGGCGGCGUCGUCAACGUCGGCGAGAAGGUGAUGCGGGUGGCUAACGACGUGGUGUCGCGGGCGGUGUUCGGCGGCAAGUUCGCGCGGAGGCAGGAGGAGUACCUCCGGGAGCUGGACGAGGCGCUCGCACUUGCGGGCGGCUUCUGCCUCGUCGACCUCUUCCCGUCGUGCCCACAACGGCUACUAAGGUGGAUCAGUGACGAUGAGCGGCGCAUGAGGAGGAGCCACGGCCGCAUCCAGCAGAUCAUCGACGACAUUGUCGACGAGCGCAAGGCGGCGGCACGAGCCGCUGCUGCUUCCAGCGACGAAGGCGGCCGCAGAUCCGUCAACGAUGAUGAGGACCUACUGGAAGUGCUGUUGAGACUGCAAGAGGAGGACUCAUUGGAGUUCCCUCUCACUACAGAUACUAUGGGCGGCAUCUUGUUUCUGACGCCGGCGAUCAUUGAGUCCCAACCCCAAGAUUCAUAUAGUUGUGUGUCGUUGAGAAGAGACACGGAAGAAGAGUGCAAGGACUUGUUAUUUCAAUCGACUGAACCAAAGACUAUUGAGAGAAUGGACAUGUUUGCAGCUGCCACGGACACCACAGGAACAGUUUUGGAGUGGGCUAUGUCAGAGCUCGUCCGUCAUCCUAAAGCCAUGGCUAAGGCACAGACAGAGAUUCGAGAGGUGCUAGGUGAUCGAGCUGUCAUCACAAAUAGCGACUUUGGUGAACUCCACUACAUGCGGAUGGUCAUUAAGGAGACUCUUAGGAUGCAUCCACCCGCUCCACUAAUCCCCCGGACGACCAGAGAGGACUGUAAAAUUAUGGGUUAUGAUAUGCUUAAAGGCACCAAUGUAUACAUUAAUGUCUUUGCUGUCUCCAGGGAUCCAAAGUACUGGAAAAAUCCUGAAGAGUUCGAUCCUGAGAGGUUUGAGAACUUGCACGACAUGGAUUACCAUGGGACACACUUUGAAUACACCCCCUUCGGGGCUGGGCGGAGGCAGUGCCCUGGGAUACUAUUUGGCGUGUCAACCAUUGAAAUUGUUUUGGCAAAUCUUCUCUACCACUUUGACUGGGUGCUUCCUGGUGGGUUGAGCCCAGAGUCGCUGGACAUGUCUGAGAAAUUCGGGAUCACUGUAAGUAGAAGGUCUGACCUGCAGCUCAGAGCUAUUCAGCGUCUAUGCUAGCUGCAAAGCAAUGCUGUCCAAGAAAUUAUCUAUCUAUGUGGCAUUGUAUGGUUUUAUAGGUGCACCUUCAGGCUUCAGCAUAUGCUUUUAUUGUAGUUGUAAUAAAGGAAGUUAAAUGCAAACGUUCUGGUAUGGUACUACCUGCAAUUUGUAUUUCAUUGCAUUGCAGCAAACACAACGUAGUACUCCAUGAGCCACACAGAACAUGAUUGUAUUAGUUGUAUGUUUACGAACUUAGUAAUUUGCCUGUGGAACUGCACUC